AUGGUCCGUUCCUUCAUAGUUUAUUUUCUCGAAAACGCGAAGUUCAGCAUCGAAUCGAAGUGAUGAACCUUGAACGCUUCUUCCAGGACGAAAACGUCCCCCAAAGGCCUCAAGUCCAAGCUCAACGGAAUCCUGGCGAUCCCUGUGACAAUUUGGCUCAAGGGCUUUGUGGCGAAGUUUUUAUUUCACAUACAGUAAAAUAUCAAAUUAAAUCAACCAUUUUGAAAAGGUCUAUUCGGGUUACAAGCGAAUUCAGCAUAGUAAAAGUGAUGAAAUUCUGAAUUAUUAGUUAAAAACUGAUGAUCCAGACAAAACUAUAGCAAUUUCAAAAAACGCUUUCACUUACAAGAUUAUGUAAUGGGCACUAAAUGAGUAAAAUCGACUGAAUUCAAAAAAUCACUCCAAUGCGCCAUUUCAUGUGUGCUCUACUGCGAAACUUCCGAGUGGUCCCUAUAGGGCGAGCCUAGUGACUCUUAAAGGUUGCCCUAUAAAAGCCGCUAACUAAAACCCUAUGAGGACCACUAAAGCUCACAAAGUAGUCCCUAUAAGGAACAUGCUAGUCGAUAAUUUUAUGAGCUCUAUGCGAAGAAGCAUUUCCAUGCAAAAAACUAAAAAAAUAACCUUUUUUGAAUAAAAUUGAAAGACUCCUAUAGGAACCACUUGAGGGUUGAAGGGUCAGAUCCUAAACUCCUAUAAGAGCCACCUUGAUUUUACCGCUAAAGAACCACUUUUCCAGCCCCUAUAGAGACUGUUUCCCCCCUAACCUCUAUAGGGACCACUCUAAAAAUUCUGAUUGUUAUGAGCCAUGCUAAACCCUAAAUUUCUUUAGGGGCUUUUUUCUCCCCUAACUCCAAUAGGGAUCCCUCUAACGUUCCCAAGUAAAAGACCCCUUUCCAGGUGGCAUUUACCGUAUACGUGUCAAUUUGUUGGAUCUUCACUGCUUGUUUGCUAGUUAUCUUCCAGGAAGAUGGUGAAAUUUCAAAAGAAAAAACUUCAAACUGAUCACUUCCAGACAUCCCAAAGUUUAUAAUCUUUUUAUUUCUCCUCACCCUCGUGAUGGCAAUGGUCGGCAUUGUAACCCGGAUGAAGCCCUAUUUGGUCCCUUUUGCUCUCGGAUGUGUUCGUUGUCAUUUUUGAAUCACGGAAAAAAUUCGUUCAGCUCGGCUGGUCGCUGCUCUCCUACGGUAUGAUGAUUGCGAAGAUUUUUAACCUGAUGUCUCCUCAAACGUUCCCCUUGUCCGAAUGUACAGAAAGUUUUUUCCUUCGACGUGCUUCCAAGAAGAUUUUGAAUGAUUCAGAUACACUGAAGAUUUGCUCGAUCAUAGUCAAAGCGGAUCCCAAAUUACUUAUCCCCGCGACCUUCCUCAUCGCCUCCGCUUUCUCGAUGUUCAGCAUCAGCGCGAUCACCGUUUUGAAGACGAUGCAGCCUUUGGAAGAGGUUGGAAAAAUGGCAUAUAUAUAAGCUCAUAGGGAGGACUCGGAAAAGAUAGUAGAUACUUGAAAAUUACAAAAGACGACAGAAGACUCCAGGAGGGACAAUUAAACAACUGCACAGAAGCUUCUUGCAGGAAAGGUAGCUCCAAAAGUCAUGCAACCCUAAAAUGAACUCCUUCCAGUACGUUUUUAGUUGAAUCAAAACGUCUAAAAAAGCAGUAAAGUGGCGAAGAUCAGCUGAAUAGAAUCGUGGUUCAUUGGAGCGAAGUUUCAACGUUUUUAAAGUUCAAAAGAAAACCAAAACGCGUCCCCUUUCCGAGCAUUUCGAGAGACCACCUUAGCGGCGUCAGAAACCUUAAGUGAUCCCUAGCUAUGCGUUACCGAGGUCCGAGUUUGGAUUGAAAAUCAAUUCUUUCUUUGAAAAUUAGACCUAAAAAGGCUGAAAAGUCGGUCCGUUUCAGUUCCCACAACGAGACGCCGCCCUACUCUACCCGCACAACAUCCAUCGGAUGCAUCUCCAAGCCAGAGCCGCUGAGGUCGGCGGUACGAAUCCCGACAGUCCGCCGCGAUACUCGGUUAUAAUUCAGUUCUUCAAUACUCAGAAAAAAAAAAUCUGGACUUUUCAAAGGACUAAUUCCCCGGCAUAACCUGAGUAGCUUACAAUAAUUUUUCAGAAUUGACUUUUUUCCUUACUUUUUUUAUGAUCAGAAAACCAUAAGGUUAAGGGUCUUCUUUUUUUUAAAUAAUCGUGAAUUUAAUUCCGAGAGAUUAUUUUUUUGGUAUCGAAAUUUAAAGAUACUGAGCAGACAAAACGUAUAUUAUAGGCCAGAAAAUGUUAAAAUGUAGAGAAUAGUCGGAAAUAUUCUUGGAAAGUGUUUUUAAACUCCGUUUUGAGCUCUUUAUUCGUUUUCCUCAAGUCUUCUGCUUUAAAGGGCCUUUUUUCAAAAGUAAAAACCUAAAAACCAUGAUAUUCAGACUCUGGAAGCGCGAAUAUCAACCGCGGAAACCUCACCUCCUCGCUACUCACAAUGGGAGAAGUUGAAAUGCGUUGGCACUGUGACAACGACGGCUCCGCCUGUGUUUCCGGCUUCUUCAUCUACUGAAUCUAUUCAUACUGGAAUUUCCGCGAAGGAGGACUCCUAA